AUGCAUGCGAGAAGGGGCUGCUUCGUGGAAUUCACGCCGCCACCAACAGCUUCUUCCUCCUUACCAUCCCCUCGCCGGCGCCGAAGCCGGCCAUCGGCCGCCACCUCUCCUUCUCUCUUCUUCCUCCUCUCGCCCUUCGCCGGAGCCGACACUGUCGCUUCCCUCUUGUUCUUCCCCGGGACGCUGCUGCUCCAGCCGACGCCACCGAGCCGCCAACUCCUCCUUCCUCCUCAUGCUUCUCGCCGGAGUCGACGCCUGCCGCCGGCCUUUGCCUAUGCUCCUCUCCUUUUCACCGCGCUGCCACCAAGCCGCCAACUCCUCCUUCCUCCUCAUGCUUCUCGCCGGAGACUCUCCUCGCCGGAGCCGAUGCCAGCUGCCAACCCUCUUCCUUUCCUCUUUGCGACACCCCAGCUUCUCUCCCUCACGCUCACCUCCUCACCGGCGCCGAGGACAGCCAGCGGCUGUUUUCCUCCUCGUCAACCUCCGGCCACAGCCCGACCUCUUCUUCUUCCUCAUCAAGACGCAGCCAGCUACGACUCUUCCUCUUCUCCUCUCGACGUUGACGCCUGCCACAGCUCCGCCUCCUUUUCUUCUCCUUCUCCCUGCCUUGCUCCUCUCUACACCGCCGCUAACCUCUUCUCCUCUCGACGCCACCAGUCUCCUUGCCGGCAGCAACCGCCAGCUGCCCCCACCCCCUCUCUUCCACGCUGCCAUGACCAAAGAGGUGGCCAACAGCCUUCUUUCCUCUCCCCGGCCGACGACGCGAGACUCGCGCCGCUACCGGCACUGUACACGCCUGUCCAUAUCCACCUUCGCCGUGCCGACGCUAUCAACCUGUCCGUGCUGUAG